AUGCCGACAGAGCCAUUGCCGCCCGAUUCCCCUUCAUGCCUCCCGAUUCUUCUUUCUCGCCGGCCGGUUCGCUUUCCCGUCGCCCUACUCCCCUUCCCGUUGCCCGAAUCACGUUCCCGCCGCCCGGUUCCCCUUUCCCGCCGCCCGAAUCCCCUUCCACGCUGCCUGAAUCCCCUUUCCCGCCCAUUGAUUCCGUGCGGGCCUCCCGACCGCCGCGUCCCGCCGUCCGAUUCCCCUUUCGCGCCGCUGGAAUCCCGUUUCCGCCGCCUGAUUCCCGUUCCCGCCGCCCGCUUCCCCUUUCCCACCGCCCGAUGCGCCUUCCCGCCGCCCGAUUCCCAUUUUCCGCCGCCAGACUCCCCUUCCCGCCUCCCUAUUCCCCUUUCCGUCGCCCGACUCCCCCUCCCUCCCUUCCCUCCCUUCUCUCCCGUCCCUCCCUUCUCUCCCUUCCCUCCCUUCUCUCUCUUCCCUACCUUAUCUCCUUUCCCUCCCUUCUCUCCCGUGCCUCCCUUCCCUCCCUUAUCUCCCUUCCCUCCCUUCUCUCCCGACCCUCCCUUCCCUCCAAUCCCUCCCUUCCCUCCAAUCCCUCUCUUCUCACCCGUCUCUCCCUUCCCUCCCAUUCUCCCUUCCCUCCCUUCCCUCCCUUCUCUCCCUUCUCUCCCAUCCCUCCCUUCCCUCCCAUCCCUCCCUUCCCUCCCUUUCUCCCUUUCCUCCCUUCCCUCCCUUCCCUCCCUUCCCUCCCUUCCAUCCCUUCUCUCCCUGCUCCAUCUCUCCUUUCCCUCCCGUCUCUCCCGUCCCUGCCUUCCCUCCUUCCCUCCCUUCCCUCCCUUCCUCCCCUUCACUCCCUUCCGGCCUUGCCCUCCCUUCUCUCCCUUCCCGCCCUUCUCUCCCCCCCUACCUUCUCUCCCUUUACUCCUUUCCCUCUCAUCCCUAAUAGCAAUCUCCUGUCUCUCCCUUCUCUCCCUUCUCUCCCUUCCCUCCAUUCUCUCCAUUUUCUCCCCUCUCUCCCUUCCCGCCCUUCUCUCCCCCCCUUUCACCCUUUACUCCCUUCCGUCUCAACCCGACUUCCAAACUUCCGUCCCUCCCUUCCCUCCCUUCUCUCCCGUCCCUCCCUUCCCUCCUUCCCUCCCUUCUCUCCCUUCUCUCCCGUCCCUCCCUUCCCUCCCUUCGCUCCAUUCUCUCCAUUUUCUCCCUUCUCUCCCUUCCCAUUUGUUUCUCUCCCCCCCUACCACCCUUUACUCCCUUCCAUCUCAUCCCUCCUUGCAAUCUCCCGUCUCUCCCGUCCCUGCCUUCCCUCUUUCCCUCCCUUCUCUCCCUUCCCUCCCUUCUCUCCCUUCCCUCCCUUCUCUCCCGUCCCUCGCUUCCCUCCUUCCCUCCCUUCCCUCCCUUCCCUCCCUUCACUCCCUUCCCUCCCUUCCCUCCCUUCUCUCCCUUCCCGCCCUUCUCUACCCCCUUACCUUCACUCCCUUUUCUCCUUUCCCUCUCAUCCCUAAUAGCAAUCUCCUGUCCCUCCCUUCUCUCUCUUCUCUCCCGUCCCUCCCUUCCCUCCCUUCCCUCCAUUCUCGGCAUUUUCCCCCUUCUCUCCCUUCCCUCCCUUCUCUCCCUUCCCUCCCUUCCCUCCCUUCCCUCCCUUCCCUAACUUCCCUCCCUUCCCUCCCUUCUCUCCCUGCUCUCCCAUCAACCCUUUCCCUCCCUUCUCUCCCGUCCCUCGCUUCCCUCCUUCCCUCCCUUCACUCCCUUCCCUCCCUUCUCUCCCUUCCACUCUUCUCUCCCCCCAUACCUUCUCUCCCUUUUCUCCCCUCCCUCUAA